GAUCAAGCUCCCGCGCGCCAGCGUGUGAGUUUGCAGUGCGUUCGUUGCGCGCCAGACAAGAGCACAGAGCACCCUGCCCGAGCCCAUGCCGAAAGCAUCAGAUCCUCUCGCAGGGCCUCAGCCAGUUGGCAAGUGGUUCCAGAAUCUCGGCCCGAAGGAGAAGAAGAGGGUCCAGCGUCUUAUGAAAAAGAGUCGCAUCCAAGGUCUGAUCAUCCAGCGGCAGGCUCGCGUCAUCAGGGGCUUCAGGGCCUCCUUGAACAACGUCAUGAAAGCCGGCAGGGAUGCGUUCGAUAGGUGGGAUUCGUUUGACAAGCGCACCCCUGAGUUCAUGAAGGAGAUGCAGGCUGAGAUCGACACGGAUGCCGAAGGCGAACCACCACCUCCUUAGAGUCACGUCCUGCCUCGCCCGUUCGCUGCAGCAGGCCGUCUGCGGCGCGUCGCUUUUUGGGCGGCGCCGCGUCGGCAGCUCUUGGCGCGUUCAUUCCAAACGCAUUGCUGUUUGCAGCUGUGUUUCGUCUUGUGCGCUGCGUGGUGUCAGCCGCUCAGCCUGACUCAGCCGCUCUCGCCCUGCCCGUUUGCUAAGACUGCUAAGAGCAGUUGCCAGUUUAGUUGCUGCGCGCUGGGCGCAGUUGUGCGACCGCAGGCGCUACGAUCGCCAUCCCUUCGCGGAGGCCG